UUUUUUUUAAUACCCUCUUAAACACCCGUCAUCAUGUUCAAGAGUGGUCUCGCCCGGACCUUCGGGAGGGCUGCUUUUGCCCGUCCGGCCCCCGUCGCUCGCCGCGCUCUCCAGCCUCGCUUCCCCUCUCUCGCCAGAUUCGCCAGCUCUGAGGCCAUCCAGGCUGGAAAGAUUCACCAGGUCAUUGGUGCCGUCGUCGACGUGAAAUUCGAGGGUGAGAAGCUCCCUGCCAUUCUCAACGCCAUUGAGACCGAGAACAAUGGUCAGAAGCUUGUCCUCGAGGUUGCUCAACACAUGGGUGAGAAUGUCGUCCGUACUAUUGCUAUGGAUGGUACCGAGGGUCUCGUCCGUGGUGCUGCCGCCCGCGACACCGGUGCUCCCAUCACCAUCCCCGUCGGCCCUGGUACUCUCGGCCGUAUCGUCAACGUCACUGGUGACCCCAUUGACGAGCGUGGUCCCGUCAAGGCCACUACCCACCUUCCCAUCCACGCUGAGCCCCCGCCGUUCACCGAGCAGUCCACUGAGGCUGAGGUUCUCGUCACUGGUAUCAAGGUUGUCGACCUGCUUGCCCCCUACGCCCGUGGUGGUAAGAUUGGUCUCUUCGGUGGUGCCGGUGUCGGUAAGACCGUCUUCAUUCAGGAGCUGAUUAACAACAUCGCCAAGGCUCACGGUGGUUACUCCGUCUUCUGUGGUGUCGGUGAGCGUACCCGUGAGGGUAACGACUUGUACCACGAAAUGCAGGAGACUGGUGUCAUUAACCUUGACGGUGACUCCAAGGUGUCCCUUGUGUUCGGACAGAUGAACGAGCCCCCAGGUGCCCGUGCCCGUGUCGCCCUUACCGGUCUUACCAUCGCCGAGUACUUCCGUGACAUCGAGGGUCAGGACGUGCUGCUCUUCAUUGACAACAUUUUCCGUUUCACCCAGGCCGGUUCUGAGGUGUCUGCCCUGCUGGGUCGUAUCCCCUCUGCCGUCGGUUACCAGCCCACCCUGGCCAUUGACAUGGGUAUCAUGCAAGAGCGUAUUACCACCACCACCAAGGGCUCUAUCACCUCCGUCCAGGCCGUCUACGUGCCCGCUGAUGAUUUGACUGACCCUGCCCCCGCUACCACCUUCGCUCACUUGGACGCCACCACUGUCUUGUCCCGUGGUAUCUCCGAGUUGGGUAUCUACCCCGCUGUCGACCCUCUCGACUCCAAGUCGCGUAUGCUUGACACCCGUAUCGUCGGUGAGGAGCACUACAACACCGCCUCGCGUGUCCAGCAGAUGCUCCAGGAGUACAAGUCGCUCCAGGAUAUCAUUGCCAUUCUGGGUAUGGACGAACUUUCCGAGGCCGACAAGCUCACUGUCGAGCGUGCCCGUAAGCUCCAGCGUUUCCUGAGCCAGCCCUUCACUGUCGCUCAGGUUUUCACUGGUAUUGAGGGCAAGCUCGUCGACCUGAAGGACACCAUUGCUUCUUUCAAGGCCAUCAUCCACGGUGAGGGUGACGACCUUCCUGAGGGUGCUUUCUACAUGGUUGGUGACUUCGCAUCGGCACGCGCCAAGGGUGAGAAGAUCCUGGCUGAGCUUGAGGGCCAGUAAAUGUAAUAUUGUUGUGUUUUGAGCGCCCCUUUCUUUUUUUAUUUAGACAUGGACUUUCUUCCAUGUUCCGUUUUCUUUUGAUGGAUGUACAGUAUACUCGAUCUAAGAGAAAAAGGGAUUUGAAAGAAAGCUGUUCCGAAGAACAAAAAAGAAGGAAAGAAAGGAGCAAUACGUUAUGCCCCCGACCCCCAACCAACCCUCUUAUUGUAAGCCUGGAUGGAAGUUCUCCAAGCUUGUGUUCUAUUAUGUGUUCGGAUGUAAGUAACCUAAAAUGACCACAGUCAGCCUCUGAUACCCUCUGGGCUGGGACAAUUGUAUUA